AUGUCAAGGUCAAAGCGUAAGAAUAUCACGCAAGUGUCAAUUGACGCAUUUGUGGGUACAGACGCCGCCGCGCGCGUGGCUGAGGAUGUGCACUUUAAGAUAUGCCGCUGCGGUGUGCUAGCAGAUGCAAUUGGAAUGGGUAAAACGGCUACAAUGCUAGCGCUUAUCGCAGACGAGCCAAGGGACUAUGCGGUGGGGGCCAAUUUGCUUGUUGCGCCGUCGCAUUUGUUGGCCCAGUGGAAGCAUGAAGUGAGCAAGUUUUUUAAAAGUGGAGAGGUUGAGGUCGUAUUGGGAUUGAAGCAGUACAUGGAAAUAGUAGAAAAUCCAGCGGCCAGAGUGAAUAUGUCUAAUCGCAUGCUGGUGCUCGUAGGGGUCGAAGAAGCUGUCAAGUCAAAGAACUAUUAUUACAAACACGGAAAGCUCUAUUCAACAGGGCUGCGAGGAAAGAGAAAUUUAUUGCGAUUCGAUUCUUCUGCUUUACUAGGGUACGAAGAAGCUGCCAAGUUUGUGCACAAGGCCUAUUGUGGACCGUUGUGGGUUACACAGUUACAUCGACCGUAUAAACCGUGGAGACGCGUAAUCUUUGAAGAAGUUCAGGAUAUAGUCUUCCUAGAAAAAAAGGCACUAGAUUGCUUUAUUCAGCUCACGCACCGAUGUCUGAACGUAUGGCUUAUAACUGCAACGCCGUUUCCAGGAAAAGCUGAAUCAUUAAACGCGAACAAUCAACUGCUAGGAUUUAAAAGGCUGCGACUACAGCCGUAUGAUCCUGCAUUUGACGAAAUUAAGCGUAAAUUGUAUCUGCGCAACUGUGCACAGGUGAAGCAGCGAGUAAUCACUGAUAAAAUUAGGGUCAACGAAACGUACAUUCCAAUUAAGUUGCACCCUGUAGAGCUUAUAUUGUAUCAGGUCGAGCGUGUGUGGGCACUUGAGCAGUCUGAGUACAAUUUAUUUGACGUGGAAGAUGGUGACGACCAUAGUAAGAAGGGCGCUGCCAAAGUUGUUGUUUCCGAACCGCAAAGUGCCGUAGAAUCUUUGUCCAACAUGUUAUGGUCACCACAGUACAAGUCUGCGCGGCAAAGUUGUGUGCACGCUGGUAUUUCAGAUAGACUUUUUGAGCGUGAACAAAGUAGUAAGCAGAAUAAUUCGAGCGAAAAACUGCCGACACCGGCGCUGGUAAAAAUCAAGAGCCCUAGUGAGGUAUUUCGUGAUGAGAUUUAUCACGUAAAUCGACAGCUAGCUGUGGCUACUAAACGUAAAAAGGAAGUCAAUAUCAUGGAAAAUGCCACGCGCAACACUGUGGAAAUCUGCCGGGUUAUUUACUCAAAUACGUACGCUAGUGUGCGGGACUGCUUUGAAGACAUGGAGGCCUCUGGUUUGAGCAAAUUUUUUGAUGAUAAUGGAGAAACUGAUGCAGGUUUUCGCAUGCUUUACAAACAUUAUCCAUUCGGCGAUGAUACACCUGAGCCAACUGAGCUGCUAUUCUACUAUCAUGGUGAAAUUAAAGAUUAUCUGUUGAAAUAUUUUGAGACAAUGGAGAAAAUCAAAAAGCUUGCCAACGUUAUGGAAUUUACGCUCAUCGAACGGUGUUUAAGUGCUUGUGCAAUUGUUGAGGAGCAGCUCAAGCAGCUUACUGAAUGUAUAGCACUUGUAAACUCAGUUGAGCGUCACAAGGAUAAAUUUAUUGAGACGGCGCCUGUUCACGGUAGCAAGAUUGCUGCAUUGGUGCAAUACUUAAGCCGCAUGUCGACAAUCAAGGUCGUGGUUUUUACCAUGUGGGAUCGAGCACUGCGAGUUAUAGACAAAGCACUUCGUCUAGCAAGUAUCUCAUGUGCCGUGUUUCUCCAGCACCAAUCUAGUGAGACGAAGUCUGCCCAUGUCGCAUCUUUCCUUGGUGGAGAUAUUCAAGUUCUCAUUUUGAACUCGCUUACAAGUGCGUCCGGUAUCAACUUACAAGUGGCGUCCCACGUUAUUUUCUUGGACCCAGUUGGAUUUAGUCCUACGCAAGCCAGUACGCUAGAGGAGCAAGCGAUUGGACGAGUGUUGCGCAUGGGACAGAUUAAUUCCAGCGUGACCGUUGUUCGAUUUAUCGCUGAAGACACAAUGGAGGCUACACUUUAUGAUGAUAUUCACAAAGCAACAGCAAAGGCCAACGCAGCGGACGACUCGUUCUUUGACGGCAAGAGGGAAGACAGUUACGUGUGUGUUGAUUAUUCUGCACCACUUCGGCGUGUCGUGCGAAUGUUCACACCAGCCGAAGGUAGAGCUCAAAUAGAAGACGAGGAGAUACAGAUUGAGGGGUCCAUGUCAAUUGAAGAAGCCAUCACGCGUCGAAUUGAGCAGGCCGAAGCAGAAGGCAAAGUCUUUGAUCUCACGGACGAUGUGUUAGUAGAAAACGAGCACCAAGUAAUUGAUGCUCAAACAAACUUCUCGACACAUCAACGCAAGAAGCGCAAAACCCAUGUGUCUGAAGUCUCAGUUAUAUGUGGCGGGGAAGCCCAUCUUAAAAUUGAACCGCAUAACGAGUACAUGUAA